GCGUAUAUGUAUGUGCGUAUGCCCGCGCCCGCAUCUGUAUGUACGCGCGAGUGUGUGUGUACUCUGUGCCUGUGAAACAGUGACAAGAACACGCAGGGACAGAUACGAAGAGCAGAGGGAGAGCUGUUUAGUUGUUUAAAAAUGUGCUGCUUGUUUAAUAGAACACCGCUGUUAUUACCGAAAAUUUGAAAAGAUCGAGAGAAGAAAAGACGAAUUUGAAGAAAAUCGACCGACCUAGCAGGAGGAGGGAAAAUGACGGGUAGUCGUAGUAGCGAAAUAAAUCCGGAUGUGACGGUGCGUGGCGAGGGUGGAAAGCAUACGGUUCAUUGGUUUCGCAAAGGUCUCAGGCUUCACGAUAAUCCUUCGCUGAGGGAAGGUCUUACCGGAGCCACUACGUUUCGUUGCGUGUUCGUUUUGGAUCCAUGGUUCGCCGGAAGUACCAACGUUGGCAUCAAUAAGUGGAGGUUCUUGCUACAGUGUUUGGAAGAUCUCGACUGCUCCUUGCGAAAAUUGAACUCCAGACUAUUCGUGAUAAGAGGUCAGCCGGCGGACGCUCUGCCGAAAUUGUUCAAGGAAUGGGGUACCACGAAUUUGACCUUCGAGGAAGAUCCAGAGCCAUUCGGACGCGUGCGAGACCACAACAUCUCGGCACUCUGCAAGGAGCUUGGUAUCUCGGUGGUCCAAAAGGUCUCGCAUACUCUUUACAAGUUGGACGAGAUCAUCGAGAGGAACGGAGGGAAGCCACCGUUGACUUAUCAUCAAUUUCAAAAUGUGGUUGCCAGUAUGGAUCCUCCAGAACCAUCGGUGCCGACUGUCACUUCUGCUUGCAUAGGUUCGGCCUACACCCCUCUGAAAGAGGACCACGAUGAUCAUUACGGUGUUCCAACGCUCGAAGAACUUGGCUUCGACACGGAGGGUCUUCUUCCGCCUGUAUGGGUUGGAGGCGAAAGCGAGGCUCUGGCACGGUUGGAGCGUCAUCUAGAAAGGAAGGCCUGGGUGGCUAGUUUCGGGAGACCGAAAAUGACCCCGCAAUCAUUGUUGCCCAGUCAAACCGGUCUUUCGCCUUAUUUACGAUUCGGAUGCUUGAGUACCCGGCUAUUUUAUUAUCAGCUGACUGACCUCUAUAAGAAGAUAAAGAAAGCCGUACCGCCGCUUUCGUUGCACGGGCAACUUUUAUGGCGUGAAUUUUUUUACUGCGCUGCUACGAAGAAUCCAAAUUUCGAUCGGAUGCAGGGUAAUCCAAUUUGCGUGCAAAUCCCUUGGGACAAGAAUGUCGAAGCACUUGCCAAGUGGGCAAACGGCCAAACGGGGUUUCCCUGGAUCGAUGCGAUCAUGACACAAUUAAGAGAAGAAGGUUGGAUACAUCACUUGGCUAGACACGCGGUCGCCUGUUUCUUAACCAGAGGCGACCUUUGGAUCUCCUGGGAAGAAGGAAUGAAGGUGUUCGACGAGUUGUUGCUAGAUGCUGAUUGGUCGGUGAACGCGGGAAUGUGGAUGUGGUUAUCGUGCAGUUCUUUCUUCCAACAAUUCUUCCACUGCUAUUGCCCGGUGAGAUUCGGCAGAAAAGCUGAUCCGAAUGGCGAUUACAUUAGGCGAUACUUGCCGAUCUUGAAAAAUUUUCCUACGAGAUAUAUUCAUGAACCGUGGAACGCACCACUUAGCGUGCAACGUGCAGCCAAAUGUAUUAUUGGCAAAGACUAUUCAUUACCGAUGGUGAAUCACAGCAAGAGCUCCAGGAUCAACAUCGAGAGAAUGAAGCAAGUCUAUCAGCAAUUAAACAAAUAUCGUGGAAACGGCGCCUCCCUUAAAGGAGAAACAGUUGGUUUAUUGAAUGCACUACCACCUCCAUCGGUAAAAGAGAACGAGGAAGAGAAGAAGAAGACGAAGCAAUCUCCGCCUCCCCCGGAGAAUCAAUCCAAGAUGGAAGUUCUUGCCAAGACAACGCAACAUCAGCAACAGCACCAUCAACAUCAAUAACGACGACUACACUGACGUCGUCGAAGCAAUUAGGCGAUAAUCCGAAGAAACGAAAUUUUGAUUAUUUCCUAUUUCUACUUAAUUCACACUUAUUUAUUUGCCGUCAUUACGUCGAUGCUGGAAUCAUCUUAAUUGUAAUUCAUCGUAACGCGUAUAAUCGUUAAUAGUUUGAAAAAGUUAUUUGCAGCGAAAGCAAAGCCAUCCAUCGUGUCUGUUCAAAUGUUCGUUUGUAUUUAGAAGUAUGUUUCGAAACAAGAAACGUAAAACUUGAACGUUAUGGCAAGAAAAAUGACGAUGAGACGAAUUUUAUAAUUCCAAUCGUUGUACAUAAUACAUCCAUUAUACGUCGUAAAUAAAAAUUUUUCAUGC